CUGAGUUUAAGAAGCACCUCGAACAUAACUUUUUAUCGGACAUCAAAACUGGUACCUCGCACGGCACGCCCUUGGAGCGCACGGUCUGCGAGCGACAGUGCCGACUGCCGUAUGGGCGGAAAAAGUACCAUCUGCACCUCCCAAACUGCGGGGAGUUUUCGCUCCGCCCGGACAAUCUGGUUUUUUCCGGGGAAAAACAGAAACCGUGGAAACUUUUGGAAUUUUAUUCCAACCGUUGUGCCGGAGGAAAAACAAGUUUACUCUACAGCUUCACCGGCCGGCUGCAGCUCGACCAAUGCACAAAGAAACUGAUGAUCGCGACAGAAAAUGUCGAAAACGACACCAGGGAAGAUCUUCAGAAUAAAGUCGGGGAUAAAGCUCUGGAUUAUUUCCAGAAUCUGGAACUGCGUCGGGGGAUCUGUGCAGAGACCGGGGCGGAAAAGCUGUACUUGAGUUUCGAGCGGGAGGUCGUGCCGCGGGACGACGAGGACGAGGACCCACGCGAGGACACUGAGAUGGUUGUGGACCAACUCGAGGCAGGUCGAGAAAGUACAGGAUCCAUGAUAAACCCAUUAGAAGAUCCGGAGGAAAAGU